AACACACUGAAGAGGAGGAGAGACUUGCAAUAGAGAGGAACAAGAAAAGGAAAUACCAGGCAUUGGCACAAGUACCAGCCCACAAACAGGUGACGUUCUGCUGCUGGGCUCUGUCGUUUUACGGGUUCCUGGUAUAGAACAUUCACUACCAGAGAUUGAAAGUUUGACGGUCAUAUACAAAGGCAGAGGGUGACAAUGCUAUUGAGACUACUCCUUUUCAUGGUGGGAAUCAGCCAAGCCACAGUUUUUUCAGCAAAAGCGCUAUGGGGAAGGAAAGAUUCUAGCACACCUAUGACCCACUCUCAAGACAACUACGAAUGGACCACAUGGUUCAACGUGGACCAUCCCGGAGGUCGUGGGGACUAUGAGCAACUGGAUGCCAUUCGCUAUUACUAUCGGGCCCGUGUGUGUGAGACUCCCAGGGCGCUGGAGGCCAAAACUACCGAUUGGGUCCCAGCUCGUGAAACUGGGGAGAAGGUGCAUGCAGACCCAACUGUGGGCUUCUGGUGCCUCAAUGAGGAGCAAGGUUCAGGACGGAACUGUUCCAACUAUGCGGUCCGAUUCCUUUGUCCUAAAGGCAACAGCCUAAACCUUCAGGAUAUUUGGAGUCCGUGGUCAGAUUGGGAUCCCUGUCCUGCCCUCUGUGGUCAAGUGGGAGUCCAAAUUCGCUCCAGAAGCUGUAGUUCCCACUCAGUGCUUUGCAAUGGCCCAAAGGUAGAAAGCAAAGAAUGCAACGGACCACAGUGUCUGGAAGAUUGCUCCCUACAUUGUGUAAUGGGAAAAGUGAAUGCAGAGUGUGAUGCAUGCAUGUGUGAAGAGCACAUCUUGCUGGGCUCCGUCCGUGGUUCUGGAGGUCUCAUUGCUAAGGGGGCUGCAAUACUUGGCUUGAAAAAACUCCUCACCCUCACAGACCACAAUGGACAUUUCCGGAUUCCCGGGGUCUGCCCAGAUGGCAACACCACAUUGACAAUCAGACUGCAAGGCCACGCCACCCUGAGCGUUAUUGUUCCGAAAAGCUCUGAGCGUACCACGGUCCUCAGCGUACAGCUCAAAAGAACCGAAAAGCUUCACGUGUUGAGCAACCCUGAGAGCAAGGCCAGGAGAGAAGGACAAACUGCUGCCUUCUGCUGUAAUGUGGCUGGAACACCACAGCCAGACAAGUACCAAUGGUUCCACAACAAUAGCCAUUUAGCAGGGAACUCUGAGAGCACCUUGGUUCUUAAAAACUUGCACCCCGAACAAGCUGGAGAGUACUACUGCCGGGCAAGUGGUGAAUCGGGGACCAUCAAGACCAAACCAGCCCUGCUCAAAGUCAUUGGCAAAAAUAGCCAAUCAUGCAAUCCCGAGCCUGAAUCUCAUCUCAUACGUCUUCCACAUGACUGCUACCAAAACAGCACAAACUCAUUCUACCACGAUGUAGGCAAAUGCCCCUCCAGCAACUGUGUCGGGCAGUUGGACAAUGGAAUCAGAUGUAAAGACAAAGUGGCGUACUGCUGCGGUGUGGCAAAGAUGGAGGAAAGGCACCUAACGUGCCAGGGCUACCAACUACCCACCAUGGUGGUUACUCAAUGUGGUUGUCAGAAAUGUGUUGACACCAAGGCGAUUGUGCACGGGAGAGCUGUAGCCGCCGACAACGGCGAGCCAAUGAGAUUUGGCCACAUCUUUAUGAAUGGCAUAAGAAUUAGCCGUACAGGCUACAAAGGUACCUUCACCAUCCACGUUCCUGCUGACAUGGAGAGAUUAGUCCUGACUUUUGUGGACAACAUGAAUAAAUUCAUUAACACUACAAAGGUACUCCCAUUCAAUACCAAAGGAGGUGCUGUUUACCAUGAAAUUAAGCUUACACGCAAGAAGGUUCCUGUGACUAUUAGCUCAUUAGAAACCAACACACUUGAACUUGGGGAAAAAGAGGGACAGGAACCAAUGGCUCACAUUCAGAUUCCUCCCAAUUCCUUCUAUAAGGAGAAUGGUGAAGUCUUUGUGGGUGACGUGAAUGCCAGCGUCACAUUUCUUGACCCCAGAGAUGUUUCCACAGCGGCUGCAGCGCAAAGUGAUCUCAACUUUGUAGGGAGUGAAGGAGAUACCUUGCCACUGAGAACCUAUGGGAUGUUUUCAGUUGACUUCAGAGGUGGGGAAACCAACGAGCCCUUGAAUGCAGGUGAGGUGAAGGUGUUCCUGGAUUCUUCCCAGGUUACGAUGCCUGAACACCUUGGAACCAUGAAGCUGUGGUCGCUCAACCCUGAUACGGGCCUGUGGGAGGAGGAGGGAAGUUUGGAGGUUGAAAAAAAAUCAAGAGGAAAAAGGGAAGAGAGAACUUUUCUGAUCGGUAACAUGGAGAUCAGAGAGCGGCGACUCUUUAACCUGGACGUCCCAGAGAACCGGAGGUGUUAUGUGAAAGUGAGGGCCUUCCGCAGCGAGCGUUUCAUGCCCAGUGAACAGGUUGAGGGAGUUGUAGUGAGUCUCAUAAACAUGGAGCCCACGGCUGGCUACUCCACUAACCCUCGUGCUUGGGGACGUUUUGACAGCGUCAUUACAGGCCCUAAUGGUGCUUGCCUUCCUGCUUUCUGCGAUGAGCAAAAGGCAGAUGCCUACUUUGCGUACGUCAUGGCCAACCUCGGAGGUGAAGAACUCGAGGCUGUCCAUUCUAGUCCCAAACUCAAUCCAAAUCUCAUCGGAGUGCCUCAGCCUUACCUAAACAGGCUGAACUACAGGCGCACUGAUCAUGACAACCCCAGACUCAAGAAGACGGCAUUCAGCAUUAACUUAGCAAAACCGAGUCCGAACACAGCUGAAGAGGCCAACGGACCUGUGUAUGCAUUUGAGAAAUUGAAAGAAUGUGAGGAGGCACCAUUCAGCGCUGCACAUUUCCGCUUCUCACGAGUAGAAGGAGAUCGUUACGACUACAAUACGGUGCCAUUCAAUGAGGAUGACCCAAUGAGCUGGACAGAGGACUACCUCAGCUGGUGGCCUAAGCCAAUGGAAUACCGUGCCUGCUACAUCAAAGUCAAAAUCAACAGUCCACACGAGAUCAACGUUCGGUCCCACAAUAUGGGGGGGACUCACCCAAAGACAGUGGGCCAGCUGUACGGUCUCCGAGAUAUCCGAAGUAUCCGUGAUAUGGACCAAACGGCGGUGUCAGCCGUUUGCCUCGAAUUCAAGUGCAGUGGAAUGUUGUACGAUCAGGAACGCGUUGAUCGCACAUUGGUGAAGGUGAUUCCGCAGGGUAGCUGCAAAAAAGAUCAUGUCAAUCCACUCCUGCAGGAGUACCUGGUGAACCAUCUACCACUAGUUGUUAACAAUGACACAAAUGAGUUCAUCAUGCUCGCACCUCUCGACCCUCUCGGUCAUAACUACGGAAUUUAUACAGUAACAGAUCAGGAUCCACGGACAGCUAAAGAAAUUGCUCUCGGACGCUGUUUUGACGGUACCUCUGAUGGCACUUCUCGUGUAAUGAAGAGCAAUGAGGGCAUCGCGUUGACGUUCACCUGUGGAGAUCGCGAGGUGACCCGUCAAAGUGUCUUCCAGGCCCUACAGAGCUCGCAAGGUCAGACAGUCGCUAGUGCGGGGAGAAAUGAAGGGAGACAAAACCGCCGUCGGCAGAGAGCCAAUGCUUUGCGAAACAGUCAAAGACGGAGCACCAGAGAUCCCAAACGAAGAGGCACAAAGACCAGAAGCUAAACGUCACCAAGGGUCAUUACCACUCAGGAGUCACAAAUGCAAGUGUCCAACAAUCUUGAUUUGGUGCAAAUAUUCAACAGUAAUGUUUUAUAAAUUAGCUAAGUAUGUAGCUACAAAUGCUUAAGUGACUUUCUUAAUGCCAUUCAAGUUUAUUCAAUGUCAUUAUAUGUGGUUAGUGUAUUUACUUGAAACUGUAAAUAUAAUAUUUAUUACUAUUAAAACAUAUUGCAAAAGG